AUCUCCCUUGCCGUCCCAGAUACUAAGCCUUGUUCGUUGCCCAUCGAAUUCACCGCCGAGAGCCCGAGACAGAGCACCACGGCAUCGCGACUCAGUCGAUUUGUUUUGUGGCGUAAGCAUUGCUGACUCCGUAUAGCAAAGGCCGGCAGACAUAAAGGCCGGCAGCUUUGUUCAGGAGGGUACAAGGAUCAGUCCCAGUUGGGUAGGCUAUGGCCGCCAAGAAGAUGGUGCUGAAGCUGGACCUGCACGACGACAAGCAGAAGCAGAAGGCGCUGAAAGCAGUCACCACUCUCCCUGGUAUCGACUCGAUCUCCAUGGACAUGAAGGAGCAAAAGCUGACGGUCGUCGGCUUGGUCGACCCCGUCAACGUCGUGGACAAGCUGCGCAAGCUCUGGCACGCACAAAUCCUCACCGUCGGGCCGGCCAAGGAGGAGAAGAAGGACGGGGACAAGAAAGACGGCGACAAGAAAGACCAGCAGGCGGAGAAGCCGAUCCUGCUAUACCCCGCGUGGCACAUGCAUCCCCAGUACGUCGUCCACAGCGCCGAGGAUGACCCCAACUCGUGCGUCAUCCUCUGAUGAUCACGAUGCUGAUUUGGCUGUCUUGUUUGUACAUUUGUAGCGGGCCUUCCAACCUGCAGCUCGAUCGUCAGUGAUCGCUGAUCGGGACCCGAUCCGGGUGGCGUUGCUGGGUGCUGUGCUCAUCUCUAUCCUUGGGUUGGUUGGCCCGUCCGCCCGUCGCUAUAUAUGAUGUAAGAAAUAUAGAUGAGAUCCAAUAUUUCUUGGGGUUUUAGGCUGCAGUGCGACUGCUGAUCAGCCUGCUGCGUAGUGUGCACUGCAUAGUACAGUAUGUGUUUUUGUCCUUGUAUCUGGAUGUUGAGGCAUGAAACCACAAAGUAAAUAGUAAUUAAACAUAAACUCCAGCUUUCGAUG